GCGGCGAUGGGCUCCGACACCAGCUUCGUGUCGGAGAUCGUCGUCCGCGAGCACGGCGAGGUGUUCGCGGGGGUGGCGUCCGUGGUGGACGUCGGAGGCCACAACGGGACGACAGCGAGGGCCAUUGCCGGGGCCUUCCCGCACGUGAGGUGCUCGGUGCUGGAUCUGCCACGUGUGGUGGAGGCCAUGCCGGCUGAUGGCACCGUUGAGUUCGUUGCCGGCGACAUGAGGGAGUUCAUCCCUCCGGCUGAUGCUGUCUUAUUUAAGUGUGUGCUACAUAACUGGAGCGACGAGGAUUGCGUUCAAAUCUUAAAACGGUCCAAGGAAGCUGUUUGUGCUCGAGAACCAAGGGGAAAAGUGGUAAUAACAGAAGUUGUGCUAUCAGGAUCUCCAUCUAAACAAACACUGGAAGCUCAGCUUUUGAUGGACCUAUGCAUGAUGGUGGUGGUAGAAGGCAAAGAGAGAACGGAGGACACGUGGCAAAAGAUUUUCCUGGAUGCAGGGUUCACUCGAUACAAGAUUACUCCCAUCUCAGGAACAACCCGGUCACUGAUUGAGGUAUUUCCGUAGCUGACCUGCUGAUCCGACCAUAAACGACCUGUCAAGAGUAUUGAA